GGACCGACGCGCAGGCGGUUCGCUUUCAACUUCGCCACAAGCAGUACUCUCAAGCAACGGACUUUGAUUGACCAAUAGUCGGAGUCCAACUUGCGCUGCGUUUGUUGCAUCACAGCGGCUACGAUGAUCGACCAAAUGAACAAGACCGAACACGUAGAGGAUCAGAUUCCUCUACGUCCGGACAGCAUCCCUGACAAGCUGACAGUCGAGGAGCAUGGGAAAGAGGAGACGGACUCAGGAGAAGAACUCAGGCAGCGUCAGGUUCUGAUUCCUUUCAGGCAGCCCAUAUACUCAAGCGAUACGGGUCCGCAAUUCCCGCAAGAGUUGAUCGAGCGCAUCUGCGAAUUCCUUUGGGACGAACCGGUCCAGCUAGCAGUCAGGUGCACGCGCAUUUGCCCUGCUUGGUAUCAUGCUGCACGGCGAGUUCUGUCAGGAGAUAUGAUCACCUGUCGAACCCAAAAGGCCCUGCAAGACUAUGCGCAUACACUCACAUCCCGUCGCAAUGCGCCAUAUCGCAAACGCUUCGGAAAAUUGUGUAUCUACGACAAUGCCCGCAAGCCGUUCGCGCACGUUUGGCCUAUGUUCAUCCCAGGAUGGAUAUUACCGCAACUGAAUUCCGUGACACUCGGUGACCUUGACUGGUCAACCAAGACACCACACGAUGUCUUUUUUGCCUAUAUGUCCUCUUACACCAGUAUCUCGCGACUUGAUCUGCGGGACUGCAGGUUUCGCAGUCUGCCGGAUCUUCGCAGGGUGAUCAAUGCCCUUCCCAACCUUACGUCGCUGCGCCUCCACAACGUAACACUACAGCACCCCCUCAGACCGGGAUCGGUCCCCGACUACAGCGCUCUCCGAGCUCGUUCACACAAGCUCGAGUCUAUUGAACUCUUCGGUUCCACACCAGGGCAUCCUGACGUGUCCUCGGACUAUCAAGGACCACUGGCCCUCGAUUAUCAAACUCUGCUGCAUAUGGUAGUCGCAAACUCAUCCGCUGUUACCCACCUCGCCCUUGACCUACGAUUCUUUGCUUCGCUCUCAGCUCUUCGGCAAUUUCUAGCGCAUUUUUGCUGCCUUACCUCAUUCGCAGCAUGGAACCACUUUGCCUCGAGUCCUAUGAUCACAUUCGAGGAGACAAUUCAUGCGCGUACGGAGAACACAUCUAUACACUCAUGGUCAAGCUUUGUCCUUAGGGGUGUUCCUGAUCAAUCCGCACUGCAGCUUCUGCAGCUGCUCAUUACCCCUGAAUCGUGCAGCAAACUGGAGAACUUUCGAAUCUAUAUCAUAGGCCGGCCAUCUGCAGCACUUCUAUCAUGUACUAGCCAUGUGGUCCAUGCAGCUGGACAUCGGCUCAACUGUUUCACAUGGGAUUGUACAGUGAACCCAGAUCUCAAGAUCACUCCGUCACUCGCAGGGAAUACGUCUCUGCAAACGUUAGAAGUAUUCCUUCGAGACCUUGCCCCGUCGCCACAGAAGAUACACAGCGCUCUCACCGCCAUGCUAUCAGACAUCGUCAGCAUGGACCUGCAGCACAUGAGGGUUCAUUUCGGUCUGGCUCACCUCGAGGUGCUUUCCCAGAAUCAUGAACGGACACCCGCAGUAUUAGAUCCUGCCUCGGAGUCCAUCUCUGCCUUUCACACCAUUCUCUCGCGCAAGACAUUCGGUGGGCUUCCGCUGGACACUCGAGCGGCUAAAUGGCCUUAUCUCGUCCUCCUCCGCAGCAAGUGUGUAGAGUUUACUUUCGAUGUCCGAAGGGUACAGGACAAUCCCACCGCGGUAGCCACUAUCAAAGCCUACAUAAUCACUCUCUUUACGCCGUGGUUGGAUCGCGGAAUAGUUGUGUUGGCGUUCGAUUCAGCAAACGGUUAUGAGUGUAUUACCUGUGUUCCCGCGUCUAUGCUCAGUGAGGACACAUCGAGUGACUCCAAAGUCGAGGAUGUUGAAGAAAACGAACCCGUAGGAACAGAACAGUAGAACGAAUCUCACGAGGGAAUGGGAGAGACGGACACUGGUGUCAACAAGCCGGGCAGACGCAGUUGGUCGCGCAGGACAGCCGCAUGAUGUUGUACGAUGCACGGUCUGGUAUUCAUGGAUGGACGUUAUAUUUAACAUGGCAGGUAUCACGACAACACUCUUGAAAGCACAGUUCGGGGGGAAUCAGCUUAU